AUCCUGUGCCCGUCCUGCCGCACGCUGGUGGGCUUCCAGGGGCUGCUGGAGCGGGAGUGGAUCGAGGCUGGCCAUCCCUUCCACCUCCGCUGCGCCCGCUCUGCCUACUCCCAUGCCCGGCUGAAGCAGGAGGCGCCGCUUUUCCUCCUCUUCCUCGACUGCGUGUGGCAGCUGAGCCGCCAGUUCCCCUUCUCCCUGGAGUUUGGCGAGUGCCUUCUCCUCACCCUCUUUGACAACGCCUACGCCUCUGCCUACGGCACCUUCCUCUGCAGCAACGAGAAGGAGAGGUGCCUGUGUAAAGUGAAGGAGAGGACGCAUUCCCUCUGGGCCUGGCUGAACCAGCCUGGGGAGAAGGAGAAGUACCUGAACCCUCUCUACUCGCACAACGCCCUGGUCAUCUGGCCCUCCGUUGAGCCCCAGAGCAUCCAGCUCUGGCAGGGCUUAUUCUUCCGAUGGAUCCGUUCAUCCCAGCACCUGGACGAGGCCUGGGCGGAGAUCCAGCGCUUAGUAGAAGGCAACGACCCCCCCAUGAAGGAGAGCGCAGAGAACAGGCUGAGCCAGUCCCUCUCCGAGCCCGCUGCCCGGACGGAGAAUGAAAGAUGA